GGAGGUGUUCCGAGACGUGUUCAGCAGAGCGAGUGCCCUAAAAGUUGUGUUACGGGUAUAGGGAAUUUUGGCGCGCACAGUCACGCUCUGUUUAACAGGCCCCGAUAUCCUAUCCCAGACUUCCUUUUACAUGUUUUAGUUUUAACGCAUUGUCGGACAGUCACCUGUGAAGCUUAAUUUCCACUGAUAGUAGGAUGGCACAGUACAAAAUCCAUGAUCCGGACGAGAUGAUCCAAUGUCCUUUGAAUAAGGCCCAUGUUUUGCAGGCUAAGAGAAUGCAGUAUCAUAUUAUGGACUGUAGAAAAAACUUCAGACGAAGUGAGCUGGCCACCUGUCCACUCAAUGCUAGACAUGUGAUGCUAAAGAAAAAUUACAGAGAACACAUGGACAGUUGCCCAGACAGGGCUGUGGUUGAAGCAAUGAUGUCUAAUAAGAGUGGAAAACAAUCUUCAACGUUCAGAGGAGGAUAUUUAGGUCUCCCCAUCUAUGAACAAGUGAUCAUCCCUAAUGGAGAAAACUGGGAGGAUGAGUAUUUGUCUGUGCCGAAAAUAGGGGUGGAUUCCCAGCCCACGGCCAAGCAGGAUCACAUGAUCACUCCAGGACCAACUCAGACAGAGAAAAAAGAGUUUGCUAGACAGAUGCACAUUCCAGCUGGAAACAGGAGGUAUACAGCUCAUCAAGCAGAGAACAAUGAGCCCAGCAAGGUGCCCCUCCCCCAGCAGUGUCCCCCCAAGACGAUCACACCCACAAAUGGGUCUCAGUCAAUAGGGUCAACUCAACGUUCAUCCGCAGUGUUUGCAUGUAGUGUAUCAAUGGCAGGAAUAGGUCGGGGUCGAGGUCGAGGUCGUAGCCAAUCAGAAAAAUUGUUAUCUCCUCCUCCUGCUGUGCCCAAAGUGAACAAUGGUAUUGGGAAGGAAAAUGGAAUAACAGAGGACUCGAUUGAAGACUUUGAUAAGAAUCUGAAAAAGAUAGAGAAGAAGCUCCGACAGAUUGAGCUGUUGGAGACCAAGGUGGAUGAGGGACACACCCUGACGGCUGAGGAGGUCAAGAUUACAAUGGCACAGUACAAGGUGUUAGAUCCGGAGCAGGAAAUUCCUUGUCCCUACAACAGGUGUGAGAUGAUCCGAGCCAAGCGCAUGCCGUACCACCUCAUCAAAUGCAGGAGGAACCACCCUUGUACAGAAUUUGCUAGUUGUCCACUGAAUGCAAUACAUGUGGUUCCCAAGCCCGAGCUGAGGUACCACAUAGAAAACUGCCCAGACAAACCGCGAAUAGAACAAGACCUCUCUUAUGAGAUCCAGAAGGAGGCUGGUAGUACCGGUACCCUGUUUCAGGGGUGUGUGGAUUUACCAGAGUAUCACCAGAUAACAGUCAACUCCGAGGACGACUGGGAAAAAGAAGUUCCACUUCUGCCUCGAAUUGGAGUAGACCCAAACUAUUUUGCUAAAAUAGAAGGAAUCCACAUUGAUGGACUAACAAAUGCAGAGAAGAAGUACAUGAAAAUUCAGUAUGCUCUUCCACCAGGAGAAAGAAGAUAUGUUAAGUAUCCAGAUAAACCUUCAGUAACACAGCAACAAGAGGCCAAGAAAGAGGAGGUGGAGGAAGAGCUGAGAAUUCCCAACAAGAUAUCACAGACCUAUAUCUCCAACCCCAAGCCAGCCAAACAACAGCCCUCUGCUGUGUUUGCCUUCUCUCUGUCUUCUGUUGGAGUUGGGAGGGGCCAGACAGCCUCUGUAGGGGAGCAACAAAACCCACAGAACGUUGGGAGGGGCAGAGCAUUGGUUGGGAGGGGGAUUGCUGGAUUAAGGAUAGGAGACGGUAGUGAAGGCCUAGGCAGCUCAAUUUCCCCAGCUGGCAGAGGACAGAUCGGGAAGGAGUGCCAUGCUAAAGGGAUUGCUGGGAAACUGUUCUCUUCUGGAAUUGGACGUGGGAGUCACUGAAGGCAAAGAUAAAGAGGGAUUAACACCUAUAAACUUCAGUGUUGAGGAUGUUUGAAAAUGACCAACAUGCCAAGGAGAAAUUUUUUUUCCUGUAGACAAUUAUCAAAAUGUUUAGUUUACAAUAAUAUGCACAGAAUGUAUAGCUGUAUCUAUUAAAGUUGGGUUUUUUGUCAUUUUUUCAUUUAGGAUAAGAUAUAUUUCAUGUUUUUUUUAUCAUGAUAUUAUCAUAAACUAUGUCAAAAGAAAGUAAUACAUGUACUAGUAUCCUUUAUACCAUGGUUUAGACAUGUUUAAAGGACUGAGGAAAAAGUGGAGAAUAUUUUCCCCAUAAACUUAAGGAAAGACCAUAUAGAAAGUGUGGUCAUUGGCAUUUUUACAAAAGGAAAUAUAAGAAUUAUUCAUAUUUAUACCCCCGCUCCGAAGGAGAGGGGGUAUACUGUUUUACCCUUGUGUGUCUGUCUGUCUGUCCGUCCGUCUGUCUGUCCGUCCGUAACAAAAAUUUCUGUCGCAUUUAUCUCAGCAACUAUUUAUCGCAGAUGCUUGAAAUUUUAACACAGUGUUUGUUAAGGCAUGCCAUAUCGUGGGAUAUAUUUUUGUACCAAUCGGACAUCAACUUCCUGACGACUUUGCUUAUUUUUUAACCAAAAUUUUCAAACAAAUUUUCGUCAAAGAUUUCUCAGCAACUGUUUAUCGCAGAUGCUUGAAAUUUUAACACAGUGUUUGUUAAGGCAUGCCAUAUCGUGGGAUAUAUUUUUGUACCAAUCGGACAUCAACUUCCUGUUAAAUGACGACUUUGUUUAUUUUUAGCAAAAAUUUUCAAACAAAUUUCCGUCAAAGAAUUCUCAGCAACUGUUUAUCGCAGAUGCUUGAAAUUUUUACACAGAAUUUGUAUAGGCAAGCUAUAUCGUUGGAUGUAUUUUUGUACCAAUCAGACGUCAACUUCCUGUUAAAUGACGACUUUGUUUAUUUUUUGCCAAAAUUUUUAAACAAAUUUCCGUCAAAGAAUUCUCAGCAACUAUUUAUCGCAGAUGCUUGAAAUUUUAACGCACUAUUUGUUUAGGCAUACAAUAUUUUGGGAUAUAUUUUUGUACCAAUCGGAUGCCAACUUUUUGUUAAAUGACGACUUUGCUUAUUUUUUAACCAAACUUUUCGACCAAAUUUUCGUCAAAGAUUUCUCAACAACUAUGUAUCGCAGAUGCUUGAAAUUUUUACACAAUAUUUGUAUAGGCAUGCCAUAUCGUGGGAUAUAUUUCUGUACAAAUCAGACGUCAACUUCCUGUUAAAUGACGACUUUGUUUAUUUUUUGCCAAAAUUUUCAAACAAAUUUUCGUCAAAGAUUUCUCAGCAGCUAUUUAUCGCAGAUGCUUGAGAUUUUAACACACUAUUUGUUUAGGCAUGCCAUAUUGUGGGAUAUAUUUCUUUUCUGUACCAAUCGGAUGCCAGCUUUCUGUUAAAUGUCGACUUUGCUUAUUUUGCAUAUUCACAUCAGAGCGGGGGUAUCACUAGUAAGCAUUGGCUCACAUAUAUUUUGUUGUUGUUUUCAAAAUGUUAAGUCAAGCUUGGUUUAGUGUUGAGUGAACUAUGGGAAAGGGUGAUAUCUUCUUUUAAGCUAAUAUCAUUUUCAAUUAACAUUGUGGGUGAAAAUUGCAUGCAUUGGCUUUCUUAUUAUCAGUGAAAGAUUAAAUCAUAUUUUAGCAUAUAUGAUGCUUUUAAUUUUCCUCCUCAAUUUUAGAAAGGGCAGGGAUUUUGCUGAAUUUGGUUUUAUUUUACGUUUAUUGAAUUCUAAAAUCCAUGUGGACUUAUUUUAAGUUAUCAGAAAUUAUUGACCAAAGUUUUUUUAUUAACAGCAUUAAGAAGUGUAUAUUAUUAUUAUCUCUGCCUUUGUUUUGUUUGCUUGUUGACAAGUAUUUUUUUAUCAGCAGCAUUAGGAAGCAUUUUUUCACUGCGUAAUUUUUCACUGCCUAACUUUUAUGUGCUUGUUGACAAGUGUUGGUUUUUUUUUCAAGUUUAAGACUAUGUUUUUGAUGUUUUAUGAGAAGAUUAAGUUUACACUAGAAUAGGUUGACAAACAAAAGAUUUGUCGUAUUGUUAUAUAUAACAUGUUGUGUAAUUGUUUUUUCCAAGAAAUAAAGAAAUGAAUACUG